UAUACUCUGCGUUGUCUGCCCCUGGUUACCGGUAUACCCAGUGCUGGCUGCCCCUGGUUCCCAGUAUACUCUGCGUUGUCUGCCCCUGGUUCCCAGUAUACUCUGCGUUGUCUGCCCCUGGUUACCGGUAUACCCAGUGCUGGCUGCCCCUGGUUCCCAGUAUACCCAGUGCUGGCUGCCCCUGGUUACUGGUAUACUCUGCGUUGUCUGCCCCUGGUUACCGGUAUACUCUGCGUUGUCUGCCCCUGGUUACG